UGCAAAGAGAAGUGAGUACGUAGAGUGGAGGCGGCCUUUUGAUAGAUAGUGCAGAAUGGAGUUUCAAUAUUAAGCUGCAAACUCCAAUCCCUAAUAAUUCUCUUUUGAAUUUGCACUAUCUAUCAUAGAUUACUGGAUUUGUCAGCAUUUAAUUUGUUAAACUCCAGCCUCCAACACUCUCCGACUAAUAUCUUAUCCUUAUCAACUUAGCAAACUAGAGAAAAACAAGCCUCCUGUCCUAUCAUAUAUAAGUAUAUUUUAAUUAACUAACCUUAUAUUAUCCUACUAUCAACCCUUUUAAAACUAAAACAAAAAAAUGGCAGGAAAGAAGGAAGAAGAAAUCACCCAUAUGGAAGAAGGCAAUAUCCAUACAGCCUCCGAUUCCAAUGUUGGAUUUUGUUCAUCACCUUCGGUCACAGUCAUCGCUCAGAAGUUGAUUGCGGAGGUCAUAGGGACGUACUUUGUAAUAUUUGCGGGGUGUGGAUCUGUUGUAGUGAACAAGAUUUAUGGGAGUGUUACAUUUCCAGGGAUAUGUGUGACAUGGGGACUAAUUGUGAUGGUGAUGGUUUAUACUGUGGGACAUAUAUCAGGAGCACAUUUUAAUCCUGCUGUCACUAUUACAUUCAGCAUCUUCGGUCGCUUCCCAUGGAAACAAGCACCUUUGUACAUCAUAGCUCAACUAAUGGGUUCGAUUCUGGCCAGUGGAACUCUGGCUCUAAUGUUUGACGUAACUCCGCAAGCUUAUUUUGGUACAGUUCCAGUUGGAUCUAAUGGCCAAUCACUUGCUAUCGAAAUCAUCAUAUCUUUCCUUCUCAUGUUUGUCAUCUCUGGCGUUGCUACAGAUGACAGAGCGAUUGGACAAGUUGCUGGAAUAGCUGUAGGAAUGACCAUAACCUUGAACGUUUUUGUAGCAGGGCCAAUUUCAGGAGCAUCGAUGAAUCCAGCAAGAAGCAUUGGUCCAGCAGUAGUGAAGCAUGUUUAUAAAGGUCUUUGGGUAUAUGUGGUUGGUCCAAUCAUCGGAACUCUAGCCGGAGCAUUCGUUUACAAUUUAAUUCGAUCCACAGAUAAACCACUGAGCGAGUUGGCCAAAAGCGCAUCGUCUCUUCGUAGUUAAAGAGCAAAUCAAAUACAUUUAGCCGAACUUUUAGACCAUGCUACUCUUUGUCAUCCCAAUUUUGUUGGAUGCCACAAGGGACAUUUUUAGGGCAUGCCACGAACAAAAGAAUUGGCAUUUUUGCAACAUUUUUUUUUUUAAAUCACCUUCUCUCCCUACUUUGCUACUUUUUCAUCACCUAUCUUUCAUUACAUUUCCUUGAAAAGUAAACCAGAGGGUUGAUAGGUAGAUCUGAUAGGAUUGGCGGAUGUUGAAAAGUGCGUGUAUAUAUAUUUUUAAUUGUCGUAGAAGAAUAAGUGUAGGAUGUGUGAGAUCACACUGAAUAUGUUAUUGUUUUAAAGAAUAAGUGUAGUAUUUGUUAUUUCUAGUUUAAUAUUUCAACUUGACAAAGGCUAUUUUAGACUAUAUAA